CUAGUGCUCCGGAGCGUCAGCAUCAGGCAUGACUGAACAAGGAAAUGGGGGACACACGCCUCCUGCGCUUGCCUUCAUCGACGAAGCUACGCCGGGUACAAGCCGUGAAGGCGGCGAGGUUGCUUCAGGCACUUGCUACGAUUUACCUGCGUAUAUUGAAGAGUACAUCAAUGACGCGUUGAAGGCGCGGAACUGCCAGACCGAUGCCACUGACGUCAAUGAUGCCACUGACAACGGAAGCACGAACUACGCACCUGUGGUGUCCACCGCUAGUGCCGAUCACGCCUGGCCCAGAACGAGCCACACUGGCAUUGAGAAACUAUCGCCUACCACGAAAGACAGCGCGAGCUGUUCUGACGACUUCUGGCGUUGCCAGCGGUACGCGCAGCACAGGCCGAUAGCCGACCAGACGUACAGCCUCGAUGGUGUCUCUUAUAGCGGUAGCACUAGUCACCUACACCUGGGGCCCACAAGCGGCAUCGAUCACAAAAAGCCCAGCACAAGCCACGCUGGAAUGGUGGAGGCAUCAGCUAGUUCACAAUACGGAACCAGGUAA